GAAGUGCACGCGUUUAGUGGUGGUCGGCGGGGUGUAGAGGGGGGCGUUCAGGGUCCGUCCGCCCACGGAACAGCGAACAAACGGACGGACAGACAGACCGGAGGAUGGAGCACAUCAGGACCCCGAAGGUGGAAAACGUGCGUUUGAUUGACCGACUGACGCCCAGGAAGUGUUUUGUUGGGACGCUGUAUCUCUCGUCUACCCACACCAUCUUUGUGGAGAACUCGGACGCACGCAGGGAAACAUGGGUCCUACACAGCCUGGUGGGCAGUAUUGAGCGACCCCCCACCACCCCCUCGGGCAGUCCGCUCAUCAUCCGCUGCAAGAACUUCCAGGUGUACCAGCUGCUGCUCCCACAGGAGAAGGACUGUGCGGACAUUCAGGCUUCACUCAUACGCCUCUCACGACCAGACCGCUAUGGAGAGCUCUUCUGCUUCUCCUUCCAACCCAACGUGGAUAAGGAGGAGCGGGAGAAGGCCUGGGGUUUUCUGGACCUGCGUGCCGAAUUCAGCCGCAUGGGCAUUCCUAGCAACCUCUGGCACGUCACCCCCGCCAAUCACGAGUACAGGGUGUGUGACACGUACCCGUCUGAACUGUUUGUGCCGAAGUCAGCGUCCCCCGCCGUCAUUGUCGGCAGCGCGAAGUUCAGGAGCCGUGGACGCCUCCCGGUUCUGUCCUACUUCCACAGAGACACCAGCGCCGCAGUGUGUCGCAGCAGUCAGCCGCUCUCAGGGUUCAGCGCUCGUUCUUUGGAGGAUGAACAGAUGCUGCAGGCUAUCAUGAAGUCCAACCCGGCCAGCGAGUACAUGUACGUGGUGGACACCCGGCCAAAGCUGAACGCCAUGGCGAACCGCGCGGCAGGGAAAGGCUACGAGAACGAAGAUCACUACACCAACAUCAGGCUGCACUUCAUCGGCAUCGAGAACAUCCACGUGAUGAGGAACAGCCAGCAGAAGCUCACAGACGUGGGGGACCUGAGGUCUCCAUCUAUGGGGGACUUCCUGUGGGGGCUGGAGAACUCCGGCUGGCUCAAACACAUCAAAGCAGUGCUGGACGCGGGCGUCUUCAUCGCUAAGGCCGUGGCGGAGGAGGGCGUGAGCGUCCUGGUGCACUGCUCGGAUGGCUGGGAUCGUACAGCUCAGGCUUGCUCUGUGGCCAGUGUGCUUUUAGACCCGUUCUACAGAACCAUCAAAGGACUCAUGGUGCUGAUAGAGAAAGACUGGGUAUCGUUUGGACACAAGUUCUCACACAGGUAUUCUCACCUAGACGGAGAUCCCAAGGAGGUUUCACCUGUGAUUGAUCAGUUCCUGGAGUGUGUGUGGCAGCUGAUGGAGCAGUUUCCCUGCGCCUUCGAGUUCAACGAGCGAUUCCUCUUACAGCUGCACACACACAUCCACUCCUGCCAGUAUGGCAACUUCAUCGGCAACAGCCAGAAAGAGAGAAGGGAUCUAAGGAUCCAUGAGCGAACUCACUCUGUCUGGCCUCAACUGUGGGAGAACAGGGUAGAAUACAUCAACCCCCUGUACAGGGCUGACCACAGCCAGAGCAAAGGCGUCCUGAGACCCGUCACCACUCCGUACUGCUUCAAGUUCUGGAAGGGCAUGUACAGUCCAGCAGAAAGGGGCGUGUCCUUGCGCCAGUCACCGUCUGACUGCCUGAACGCCGUGAGGGAGGAGUCACAGCAGCUGGAGGAGGAGCUUAGCGCUCACCAGGAGAGACUCGCUCAGCUGGUGGGGAGGAAGACGAGCGGGGAAACAAGGAAGAGGAACGGAGUGACUGAGCGCUCACACCGACUGAUUCCGAAAGACAGCGAGGUCAGCAGCCCUCAGGAUUACUUCACCGGCAUAAGCCACGCCCCCUCCUUCACACUACCCCUGAAGUCGCCAACGACACCCAAGAGCAGCGACCCCGAUGACCUUUCGGCCUGCAGCGACCUCGAGUCGGGCGUGGCCGACCUCAGCAGCCACGCCUCCAGCGCCUGCGACGACGCAAAGGACCCAGAUUCCGAUGAGGCGGCUUACGCGAAUGCGUAGACGUGCCCAUAAGGAAUCGUGGGCAGCUGGUGGUAUUUUGACUGUCUACACUGGAAACCACUGUUUUUAUUUUUAUUUAUAUCAUUUUAAAGACUGGUUUUAAUGUGUGAUGUAAAUAUUUAUGAGCACAAAAACACUCACAAAGCAGGAUUUUUCUGCAAAGCUGGAUAACAAGCACAAAUAGAGGGCUGCCUAAUAGGAACAUUCCUUACCUCUUUUUCUAUAGACCUCUGCAUUCUGUAGUCCGUCAUGCCCAUAUUAGGUAGUCUGGAUCUAAGCUGCUUUGCUCUAUGGGGAAAAAUGAAAGGCGUUUGGGUAAACAAACGUGAUGUGUUUUGUCCUGUGUGCGGUUUUCCUCUGAACGCCACUGGAUUCUCUGAUUUAGGAGGUUGUUUCGCAGUCAAAACAUGAGUAUUGCUCCAAACAUGCUACAAGCAAGCUAACAGCGAGCGCUGAAAUUACGUCGACCAUUAGACUUUAACACUCAUUUACCAUCACCACACUGAAACUACCAAAGCAACUACCAUAUUUAACAGAGCUUGGUGUUUAGCCUAGGGCUGAACGAUUUGGGGAAAAUAUCUAAUUGCAAUUUUUCCAACUAAUAUUGCGACUGUGAUUUAAAUUGCAAUUCUUCUUCUAUAAACUGAGGUUCAGGCCUGAUUCCUUUGGGCCAAUGAGACCAGAAUAUCCACCUUUUCUAGUUUGAGGCUUGACCCCUGAAUGCAGUGAGCCAAACUGCCAGUAAGUCGUGGUUGUGAUGUCACAACGCAUGGAGGUUUGGUUGCCUCUGAUUGGUCUAAAUCAUCUACACGCCCACUUAAAACUUAGAGACGUUAAUGUAAACUUAAAAAAAAGAUGGUUCUUCAAGGGUUCUUUAGUAAAGACAGUAGUUCAAUAUAGAACAAUGAACAAUCAAAGACCCAAAGGGUUCUUUGUGUGAAGAAAUGGUUCUUGCAGCUCUUGCGAUUUGAAAAUUGCACUCACCUAAAUUGCGAUUUCGAUAUAAAGACGAUUAAUCUUUUAGCCCUAGUUUAGCAUAAGGUGUUUUGGUGAGGUUGGAAAUCUUGCGAUGUCAGUUCAGUGCACUACAAUGUUAGCUUGCAUGUAGCAGUAGUUCCUUAACGACCUCAUAAUUCAGAGGAUCUGCUGACCUUCAAAGGAAACGUGUCCGUAUUGGCCUCGGAACGUUGUUGUCUACCAUAGGGUGCCACAGCAGUGAAUUUAGAAAGUCCCCUAGAGAAAAACAGCUUAAAUACAGAGUUCCUUAUAUGGCCUUGACCCCGACUACAGAGGUCUUUUGGACAGGCUUUACUUCUGGCUCAAGUUAUCUAGGUAACCUUAGAAAUCCUACUUUGUGUACUACCAUUUUUAAACCAGGCUUAUCGCCCGUUCCAAUACUAUUUUUAACAUGUUCUCAUCCACUCAAUCUCGCCAUUUCCCUUCAGCAGCAUCCUGAGUGGCGUUCCAUUACUAUACUAGCACAAGUGGGGCUUUAGAUAAGCCCUCGAAGGGGCGAGGGACCAAGUGAACAUAAGUUGGCUGUAGCAGCAGAACUUGCCCGGAGAUAAUUGAGAUCAGACAUGUUUUCCUUAUGUAAAAUCCCCAAACGUGGGCAGACACGGCUGCAGUAUCAAUGAAAUACUUUAAAAUACUUUAAUUAUAAAAAACUGUAACAUCAAAUUUGUUCAGACUGAGUUUUAUCUGCUAUACGCAACUGCUGAUACAGCGUACUCUGCUAGCUGGCUAGCAAGCUAGAAGCUACACAGCUAGCAACAACAAAGCUUACAGCCAGACAAAGCAGCUAUUCAUAUAUAUCAGUCCUAUGGCUUGAUGAGGUUGGCACACCACUGACUGGAUGCCACUGCUGGUUAACCCACGGACCACCCAGAUGCACAUAAUAGAAGAAUGAAAGAGGGAAAUGAAGGAAAAAGAAGAAAAUUGGACUGCGAGUAAAAAAUGAGCGCUGAAAAGUAGCAUUUUGUCCCAAACUCUACUUAGUGAGCCUCAGAAAACGCUGAGCAAAAAGCCAGUGGGCUGCCAGCUUUGCCAUCAGCGGGCCAACAGUGGCCAGCUACACUCUUACUAUCUGGGUGGCUAAUUAGCUCACUAAGGCUAACCUAGCCAAAGACUAGCUCCAAUUAAAAAUCCACUCCCCUCCUCCCCUUUCACUGCCGUCUCAGUGGCAGCUUGUGGAACAUAAGAUUUAGCGCAAAAAUCAGAAACCACCAUUCAGUUACUUCAUUUCUAGUGAAAACAGCCAUUAAACACAAGUUAUUUGUUUUUCAGGGUCACCUUUAAAGUUCAGUCAUAGAAGUUGGUUUCAUUUUUCGUCUGUUCACGAUACACACAACCCCAAAUCGACAAGUUUAGACCCAUCAGUCGGAAAACCUCCACAUCUUAGAUGUUUUCUUCCUUUUCUCAGUGAGGUUCUUCUUGAACAGCUACACAUCCUUUUAGACCCAUAGCGCUGAGUCAUCUUCUCACAGUGGAAGGAUGGACAGAAACACCUGUGGAUGUUUUCAGAUCUGAAGCAGCUUGAUUUUCUCCUCUCUCUCAGAGAUGAAAGCUUUAAGUGCUGUUUAUCUGACGGUGGUAGUUUU